UUUUUGCUCCUGUGGUUGUGUAAAGCAGGGUCCGGACAGGCUUUCCAGGUGCAGAGAGUAGGCUGUGCGUGCAGACAUGUCGGGUCACUCUGCUGCAGAGAUGGAUGACUCGCAGGAGCUGCCUGAGCUGCCGACAAAGAAGGCCAAACUUGAGAUAGACGGUGGACUGGAGAAAGAGCCGAGUAAUUUAGGUGAUGAUGGGAGUCCAGUUGCUGUGUUGGUUUCAUCAGAGCAGGAAGGCUCUUACUCUGCCCUGUCCUCAGCCCAGCUCGAUCCAGGUGAUCAUGAGCGGUCAGACGCAGAUGGAGGAGCAGCACCUCAAGCAUGCGGCGGCACCAUGAACUCGUAUGCACAUUCUGCCACAGACUCAACAGCCACGUCUGAAUACACCCAACAGGUUUAUCAAGGAAGCAACCCAGCAGUGACGUCAUACACCAGUCAGGUGGCCUUUCCUCCUCUGGCCCAGUCCACGGUGUACUCAGCCUUCCCCCAGACAGGCCAGACCUACGGCCUCCCCCCCUUUGGUGCUAUGUGGCCAGGCAUUAAAACAGAGGCAGGGCUGCCUGAGGCACCCUCUGGUGGCCAGCCUGGGUUUCUCAGCUUCAACGCCGCAUAUACCUCAACCCAGCCAGGCCAGCUGCACUACUCAUACCCCAGCCAAGGCUCCAGCUUCACAACAUCCAGUGUCUACUCUAGCAUCCCUUCAGCUACGGCGGCUGCCACCACAACCUCCACCACAGCGGCCCACCAGGAAUUUAGCAGCUACAACUCUUUGGGACAGAGUCAGUUCUCUCAGUACUACGCUCUGCCUCCCAGCUACGUGCCUGCCGGGCUGCCCAGUAGCGAUGACCACGGUGCCGCUGUGGGAGUGGCCGGAUAUUCAGCUGUGAAGUCGGAGCAGGCCGCCUCAGCUGGACUCCCUCCCAGAGAUGCGUCCCCACCAGAGAACCUCCCAGCAGGUGCAGCCCUUCCUACGAGCGUGUCUCUCCCCGCCGGAGCCAGAGAUCAGGACGAGGUUGGUCGCAGGAACUCUGUUGGCAAAGCGAAAGGAAAGGGCAAGAGGUCUGAUAGCUCCCCACCUACUGACAGUGACCUGGAGCGUAUUUUUCUGUGGGAUCUGGACGAGACCAUCAUUAUAUUCCACUCACUGCUCACAGGCUCCUACGCACAGAAGUUUGGCAAGGACCCAGCGUCAGUGCUGAACUUGGGUUUGCAGAUGGAGGAGCUGAUCUUUGAGCUGGCGGACACUCACCUUUUCUUCAAUGACCUGGAGGAAUGUGAUCAAGUCCAUGUUGAGGAUGUUGCCUCUGAUGACAAUGGACAGGACCUGAGUAACUACAACUUCUUGGCGGAUGGCUUUAAUGGUUCCAGUGCUGGAACGACAUCAGGAACCACCACGGGGGUCCAGGGAGGGGUGGAGUGGAUGCGGAAACUGGCCUUUCGAUACCGCCGGCUAAAAGAGAUCUAUAAUAACUAUAAAGGGAAUGUUGGAGGCCUGUUGAGUCCUAUGAAAAGGGAGCUGCUUCUCCGGCUUCAGUCUGAGAUUGAGAACGUUACAGACGCGUGGCUCACCACGGCCCUCAAGUCUCUGCUGCUCAUCCAGUCCAGGUCUGAGCAGAGGGGGAAGUGUAUGAAUGUGUUGGUCACCACCACUCAGCUGGUCCCUGCACUGGCCAAGGUGCUGCUCUACGGCCUGGGAGACGUGUUCCCCAUCGAGAACAUCUACAGUGCCACUAAAAUAGGGAAAGAGAGUUGCUUUGAGAGGAUUGUCUCUCGCUUCGGGAAGAAAGUGACUUAUGUGGUGAUAGGUGAUGGUCGAGAUGAGGAGUUUGCAGCAAAACAGCACAAUAUGCCUUUCUGGCGGAUCUCCACUCAUGGCGACCUUGUGUCCCUGCACCAAGCGCUGGAACUGGACUUCUUGUAAAGGAGGCAGCGUUGAAUAUCGCACACUAAAGGGAAAAUGUCGUCCUGUCAGUUUGUGGAGUGACAUUGUGUGAGAAAACCCUCCACGAGCCUCGAAUGAUACACACUCGCAUAUAAGCAAAUCUGCCCUCACUUGACGACUAAGUAAUGACUCACUGUGUGAUGUGUGAUGGUAACGGGGUGGGAGCUGACUGUGAGAAACGGACUGGAUGCAUCGUUUGGCUGAGUUAAAGGUUCCUCACGCCCAGCGCUCCCUCCUCUACGGCAGCUAAACUCACCACGGCUGAAACUGGCACUGAUUUGGACACAGAAGGGAAGACAUCCAUUUUAUUCCUCCUCCUUGUUCUCAUCGUCUUUCAAGUAUCAUAAUCUCCUGCAGUGAAAACAAUCCCUCUCGUUCUUUUUUCUCAUCCUGGAAUUAAUCAACCAAAGGGCCACCUUUGUUUGUUGGCAUUCUCGUUUUUCUUGUUGCUGUGUUUUUAAUUUAGCUGAAAGAAUAUCAAAGUUAAUUUGUUUAAACAAACCUCUCUCGUUUGCACUCAUUCAAAGACUUGAAAGCAUCAUUUUGCAGAGGUGACUGAGUAAUACCCAUUCAGCUGUUUAACAAGAGGAACUAGAUGAGGUUAUAAACACGUAACUUGGUCACAACCUUCCCUCGUGACCCGACAGCCACACCAUCAGUCAGCUGUCCUGACCUCUCCACUGUGUUGCAACAGCAGAUGCGUGGUCCUUAUUUUACAUACAGUAUGUGUCAUCUGUGGUCAGUAAGGAUAUGUGCAGAGAAUCAGAUGCUCCGUUCAACUUCUGACAAAACUGAAACGACCUUUCUGUAACGCUCAGUGAUAUGACGGGUAGAAAGCAGAGCAGGAUGCUCCGAACAGACACCAAACAAGCAAGUAAAUUUCCUCCCCCACUAGUAGUAGUAGCAUUAGUAAGACUAAACACGAGAUCUUGAAAAUAACGUCUGAAUGAAAACCUUAGCAGUGUCCCAAAACCACACUAACUCUAAUACUGAAUGUAUGACAUGCUAAUCAUCAUAGUAUCCUGUUUUAGCAGUGGGGCUGCACGGUAUGUAGGAAAUAAGUGAUAACAUUGUUAAAUAUCGCAAUAAUGAUAUUACUUGCCAAUAAUAUACAGAUAUUAAAGGUCCAGUGUGUAGAAUGUAGGGGGAUAUAUUGGCAGAAAUGGAAUAUAAAAUAAUAAGUAUGUUUUCUCUAGUGUAUAAUCACCUGAAAAUAAGAAUUAUUGUGUUCUCGUUACCUUAGAAUGAGCUGUUUAUUUAUACAUGGGGAGCUGGUCCUCGUUUAUGGAGAUCGCCAUGUUGUACCGCCAUGUUGCUACAGUGGCCAGAACAGACAAACCAAGUACUUACUCCAGAUAGGGCCAUCUGAGUUGUCACAUUUUCCCACCAGUCACCAUAGUGAGAAGCUCAUGCAAUGAGCAGCAUCGUAGUGUCACUGGUUUGUAACGUGAAGCUGCUUUAUUCAGUGUUUUUACUGAUUUUAAAUUACUGGUUCUGUUUGUUUUGGAGAGGAGAAGACCUCUGUGGAUCAUUCGGCUCCCGGUAAAAACUUGCCAAACAAUAAACACUGAAGGGAUUCUAACCAGGAGAAGUUUUUGUUGGUUGCACACUGCAGUGCACCACUACAUGCCACCAAAUCCCCCUAAAUCUUACACACUUCACCUUUUAAAGUAUGCUCAGUUCUGCCUUUCUGAAUUUAAAGAAUGAAAGGAAAUUAUUUCCAACUUUCUUGUUUGAACAAAUUGAACAUUGAAUUAAACACAAAAGGCACCAAUAAAUUAAAAAAAAAUUAAAAGCACAAUUUUCUAUUGAUAAUCUGAUCCCUGAGUGGAGUAUCUCUGUCUUUUGUGAUGUGUUUAUUGUAUAACCUGAUAUUAUGGUGUCUUGGCAAAAAAAAAAAAAAAAACGUACAGCCCUAUUUAGUAUCCAAAAACAUUAACAUACAUAACCUUUUUAUGUUUUGAGGGAAUUACAUAAUACACCCAAAAGUCUCUGCAAGUUAAACUUACAGAAAGCUAAACGUUUUUCUAUAAAUAUCACUUAUUUUAGUUUUCCAAGAUUUAUCUUGAGUUUUUUCCCUUGCACCCGCAACUUAUUUUAAAUUUUCUCCAGUUGUGAGCACCCACCUAAUUUUCUCUGGGAACUGCAUUGUGUGAAAAGUGUCUAGAAUCGACCAUAUUUAGCUGCCUACUGUGUGAUUAGUGAGCCACAAAGUUGUCACUUUUCUAUUGUGAAGACACUAUACUAAAAACCUGUGCAGAAUCAGUAUGUGGUAUGGAUUUGGGACACGACAAUCUGAUUUAAAGGAUUCAAUGUUUAUUUUCUGGUUUGAGAAAAUGCUCCACAAACCGUUUUUAAAAACCUGUUGAUUAUCUGAAAAUUGGUUUGACACAAAGCUACAAACAGGGCUGUUCUUCUUCGCUGAUGAUGUUAUGUUAUACUAGUAAUAUACUGAUGCAGCUGUUUUUGGGGUUCCUAAGUAUCCUUUAACUCCUGUGAGGAGAUGAACUGCCAUUAGAAACUCAUUGAAGUGCUUAGUUGAAAGUGGUACAAUACAAGCAUUUAAAAUAAUGGGAUUUACUGUAGAUUGGUUAACAGUUUAUGUUUUUCAGAAUGAUGUAAAUCAGGAUAACGUGACUCUGGUAACAAAUGUUAAGUGUUUUUAGGUUGAGGGAGGAAAAUAUAAGGGAUCAUACCCAUGGAUGGAUUCCAGAACUGGUCACAGAGCCUCUGUUUAAAAUGGCCGGUAACUUUUAUUGUUGUAAAGUCACAGAGCUCAGUUUGUGUUUUGUUUUGCUCCCAAUCCUUUGCCAGUCUUUUUCCUUUUAGAGCCAGGCUGAAGUGUCGGUCAGUAUUGGUGUAUAUCUCAGCCCAUAAGUAACAAGAUAUUGUAAUACAGAGACAGCGUUUCCAUUCCCUAAUUCUCCACCUAAGAGCACUGACUAGUUCAUUUUUUUGUGCUGUAAAACGUCUCUCUCAGGAUGGUCACGAAUCUAAAGGAUCUACAGGGUUAGGGGCUGUAUGUCAAGAUCAUAGUGAAUGGAAAUGCAAAAAUAAUUUUCUGUAAAUUUGGUUAAAGUUUGCGCUCCGUAUGAAUGGAAACCCAACUACAGAUAACGGCUCCAUUGGCCCAAACUUGCGGGAUGCAGGAUCUGAAUUGGUUUGAAUGGAAAACUGUCUGUUAUGGAUCUGUUGUGUCAGGAAGCUUUAGACAGCCUCUCUCUUUCUCUUUGUGUCCAGCAUGAACUAAACACUGAAGUUUAGUUUUUAAACCAACAACAGCACCCAAUAGCUUUGGUUCAGGAUGAAGUCCUGGUUGCGUGGGUGCUCCUAUGUUUUGAGACAUCUGUCCUCAGGGGCCCCAUUGUCUCAUAAUCCGUCCGUGCUCUCACCUUUCAGCCUCUGACUCAGCUUAUAUAUUGUUUGGAGGAUUAUAAUCACUUAAGAGGUUUCAUUAUGAGUUUCCUCUUCUCAUAGUGAAGACAGUUGUUGCAUCUCAUCACAGGAGGAGAGCGGUGUUCGUAAAGCAUUUGUACAAUUUGACAAAACCAGGGCAAAAAAUAGUCUUAGCCAGUAGGAUUAAGUUUGAUUUCUCUUACAUGUUGUCAUGUUGUUGCAACAAAACCAGAGUUGCUCUGUUAAUGCAACUGAAUGUCAAAAUGGUCAUUUACCAAAAAGGAACUUGCAUACUUUCGUUUCCAAAGACUUUACUCAACAUGUUUCUCAGUUGUUUUUCAGGCAGUUGUCAGCAUUCGUUGUAUUAGUUAGUUAAAACUGAAGCUGCAACUAAAAAUUGUCUUUAUCGGAUUAUCUGCAAAUUAUUUUCUCAAUAUUUUUGGUCAACUGUUUCAUCUAGAGUUGCAACGAUUAGUUGAUUAACUAAGUGGUCAAUCUGAAAAAAAAAAUUCAGUUGUAGUAAAAAAAAUUUAAGCAAAAAUGCCACUAAUUAACAGGUUCUAGCCUCUCAAAUGUGAGCAUUUGCUGUUUUUCUUGGACUUAUAUGAUAGCAAAGUGAGUAUCUUUUGGUUUUUUUGAGUGAUUGUUGGUCAAAACAAGCAUCUGAAGAUGUCACUUUGGGGUCUGGGAAAUUGUGAGUAGCUCCUACUACUAUUCUUUGACAUUUUUAUAGACCAACGAUCAAUCAAGAAAAUAACCAUGAGUUGCAGCCCUAAUUUUGUCCAUGAAAUGUCAAAAAAAUGGUUAAAAAUGUCCAUAACAGUUUCCCACAGCUCAAUGUGACGUCUUAAAAUUGCUUAUGUUGGACCAAAUUUAUUGUCUGAGGAAUAUGUAAAAGUGCAAAUAUUCACUUUAAAACAA